CACAAAGGGGGAAAAGAGGAAGUGUUUGUUGUCUCUUAUGUCCUGAUGGAUCCGCAGCUGCUUCACUUCCUCUUUUUUUAUCUGCUCUCUCAUUCCUCUUUUAAAGCACCACUAAAUGAAAGAAACCAUGUUUUCACAAGAAACUGUAACUUCAAAUAAAGAACUUCUAAUGAGGAACUUUUCCUCAGAGCCUCAUGGGAAAAUCCCAGUAGCAAAGGGAAGAUUGGAAAAUAUUGUCAUUGAAAAGAACUUUGCUCCUCCUGGAAACUUACAAACUCCAAAUGCGGGGAUUUUGUGUAAUUUAAUCAAGCAGAAUAAUUUCUUCAGUCAUCCUGUGUUGAACUUUGAUCCCUCUGAUCUGUGAUACAGAAAAGUGCCAUGGCUCUAAAUGCCCGCACAGAAGCAGGAAACUUGUUCUUCAUUUGAUAAUAUAUGCUGCUGGGCGUGCAAAAGUUCACAUGCUUUGAGGUUGUGAGCAACAGAGACACUUCCUGUAUGUUUUCAGAGCUGCUCUGUUACUGCAGAGUGAAGCGUCUGUUUGAAGACACAUAACGCUGUGACACACUUCCAAAGUCAUCUGAUUUAUCUCCAAAGGUCAAAAUGAAAGUCGCAGCUUUUAAUGUGAGGAACUUGGGACAUCAGAAAGUCACAGACAAAAUGGUUUCCCAAUACCUCACUAAGAUAAUCUCUCAGUACAGCGUAAUUGUGAUACUCGAGGUGGUAGAUAAAAGCGGCAAAGCCAUGGAGAUGUUGCUUAAAAAACUCAAUUGUACUGCUGAUCAUCCAUAUGAAAUGGUCUGCAGCUCCAGUCUGGGCAGAAACACCUACAAGGAGCAGUUUGUUUGUUUCUACAGAGCAGAUGAGGUCAAGCUUACAGCUCAGUAUCAGUAUGAAGAUAAUCAGGCUGGGGAUGAAGAUGCCUUCGCAAGAGAGCCCUUCAUCCUGCGCUUUCACUGUCCCUCCACAGUUGUAAAAGACCUGGUCCUGAUUCCGGUCCACACCAAGCCAGAAGACUCAGAAAAGGAACUUGAUGAGCUUUACGAUGUGGUCAAAGCUGUCAGACGGAAGUGGAAAACCGAUAACAUCAUGAUAUUGGGGGACUUCAACGCAGAUGGUCGAUACCUUUCCAAGAAGAAGAAGAAAUCAAUCCGCAUCUCUUCUGAUCCCUUCCAUUGGUUGAUAGAUGACGAUGUUGACACCACGACUAGUAAUUAUAAUGACAAUACCUACGACAGGAUUGUGGUGUAUGGGGAAGAAAUGCUGGAUGCCAUUGUUCCUGACUCUGCAAAGUCCUUCAACUUUCAAGUGGAGUUUGGGCUGACAGAUGAAGAAGCUGGAAACAUCAGUGAUCAUUAUCCUGUGGAGGUGGAGCUGGAGACUGUCAAAAAAGCAGUAAAACCAAAGAAGAAGGCUUUACCGCAAACAACAAAAACUUCCCCUAAAAGAAAAGGUCCAAAGAAAGGAUCACAGAGUAGAACCAAGCCAUCAGAAUCCAAGACUUCAACGGCAAAAAAGAGAAAAGGACAAUCAGUUGCAUCCAAGACGCCAACAAAAAGGAGACGUUGAGCCACUUUAACCAAUCAUUACCAAACUCACCGAACUCAUUAUUUAUAGGCCUUUUUCUUGUCUAAAUUUUUAUGGAAACUCAAUGUCCAAUAAAGAAAACAAAUAUAAGUCGACAACUUAAUUCUCUGACUCUGAUGAAACUUGAUAUAAAAUAAAAAAAUAUUCAUAAAUCGAA